AUGCUGAUACUGGAAUUAGCAGAAUCGUAUGAGAAUGACGUUAACUUGAAACUUUUGAAAAAUGUCAUCCCUUCCCUGGGCGUUUUAUACAAUGAUAAAAGACAAUACUCCACUACUGAGUCAGAUGUCACAACUCCUCUUGAACUAUUCAAUGAUGAAGAAGUUCAAGAUUUAGUUCCUAGGAGUUUGAGACAAGCCUGUAUGCCUCAUCAAGUGUUCAUUGUGCAUCCAUACAUUAAAUGGGGUCCCAAAAAGAAGCAGGAUACAUCUCCUGAUCUGCAAUUAGAAGAAGCAGUUUCGUUAAUAAAAACUCUUCAUGAUUGGAAAAUAGUUGGUACAAAGAAAAUAUCAUUACUUUCGCUUGAUAAACUGUCGCUUUUCAAUAAAGGCCAACUUGAAACUGUUGAAAAUUUAGUGUCUAAAAAUCAAUUAAUCACAAGUGUUUUCAUAAAUAUUAAAUCUCUUAAGAUAAACCAGCACUUAUUCCUUGAGAAUCUGUUGGGUGUUCCAGUUUUUGAUCGUUAUUCCAUUGUGAUGAAUAUUUUUAAAAGGCAUGCAGUGACUAAAGAAGCUAAAUUGCAAGUUAGUUUGGCUGAAAUUCCAUUUAUAAGGUCACGGAUUAGAGGUAUAAAUGAAUUGGAAGGAACUAAUUUCAUUAAAAAUACAGGGAUAGGCUCUGGUGAAACCAUCAUUAGUAAACGUUUAACAGCACUUUCUUUUUAUGAACAGCAGAUUAAAAAAUCUAUUGAGAAAUUAAGGAAAAAUCGGGAGUUACUUAGAAAAAAACGUAGGAAUAUGGAAUUUCCAGUAGUAGCAGUAGUUGGAUACACUAAUGCAGGAAAAACUUCAUUAAUAAAAUGUCUAACUGAAGAAGAGAAAAUGAGUCCUGAAGACAAAUUAUUUGCUACUCUUGAUGUAACUGUUCAUGCUGGUAUAUUACCUUGUAGUUUAAAGGUAUUAUAUGUUGAUACCAUUGGGUUUAUUUCUGAUUUACCUACAAAUCUACUAGAACCAUUUAUUGCAACAUUAGAGGAUGCCAUUCAAGCUGACUUAAUUAUUCAUGUUCAGGAUAUUAGUCAUCCUGAUCAUGUUAUGCAGAAAUCUCAUGUUUUGAAGACUCUAGAGAGCUUCAACUUGAGAGGUGGUCUGAUCCAAAACAUAAUUUCAGUAGGUAAUAAAUGUGACAAAGUGCCAACAAAUAGUAGUGUUGAUAACGAUCUGGUCCUCACUUCUUGCACUAAACAAACUGGCCUAAAAGAAUUAGAGGAGAAAAUUGAGAAAGGGGUCAUCAAUGCUUUACAACUUCAAAAAAUUAGAAUCAGGGCUGAUUUGGCGGGGUUGGCUUUAGACAGAGUCUGGUGGAUGGAAGAAUGUGGACAUCGAUUAAUGGUAUCGCCAUCGAACCUUGGGCUUUGCUAA